AAAUUCAAAAUCAUGUACACCACGAACCCAAGAGAGCAAGAAGAUCAUUGGUGAAGAGGAGGGUUAUCCAGACCGACAAGAACCAAGAAGCUUGGAAAUGGCGACCCUUACAUCACUAUCUCUAUCUCUCCCAUUCCCAAAACCCUCUCCACACUUUCCUUCUUCUCCUUCGCUCAAAACCCUCCUCCCUCACAGACCCAAAUGCUCCCGCUCCUUCACCGUCCGAGCUACCGAAUCGGAGCCAUCUACCUCCGAUUCAUCAGACCAAUGGAAAUCCGAGUCCGAACCCGAAUCAUACGCACCGACUUCCGACGAUGACUUCGACACUCGCAUGAACGAAUUCCGCCUCCGGUACCGGAGCGGAACGGGGAAGAAAGCGGAGAUGCGAAAGGUGAAGAAAUCAAAGAAAGGGACAGCGUCGGUGUCGGGAUCGGGAGUGUACCUGCCGCCGGUGCCGUUGAAGGAGCCAGUGUCGGGCGGUUUAAAGGUCGACAUGGGGUUCAGUCCGUACAGCGAGCGGCUCAACGGUCGGAUCGCGAGUCUCGGCCUGACGGCGCUGUUGCUGGUGGAGCUAGCGACGGGGAAGGGCGUGAUCAACUACCACACUCCGGCAAUUGUGCUGAUUCAGAUAUACUUCGUGGCGGCAGUUUCCGCUCUUUAUGUGAAGUACGAGAAGGAGAAGAUCAGUGUGUGGCCUCAAUCUUCACGUAAUGAAUGAUUUCUUUUUGUGUAAUUGCAUUAUAUAAUCAAUGCCUAUAGAAUUUCAUGCCUUCUUGUGCUUUUUUCGCUGACCAUUAAGUCACUAAGAUUACAGAUUCGUUUCUAUUUGUUGGUAGUUACAGUUAAUAAUACUCCAUAUUAUAGACAUUUGAGGGAGAAGCAAAAGUGUACAGUUUUCGUCGUAGAUAAUGUUUAGGGGAAAAUGACUAAA